AGCAACCUUUUCCCCUUAUAAUAUUAUCCUUGCGGGUUGCGAGGGGAUAGGGAUAGGGAUAGGGAUGGAGAAAGUGAAGGUGCUUCGGCGACUCCUUGAGACACCAGGGGUUCACCAGGGGCCAGCCUGUUUCGACGCUCUGGGUGCGAAGCUCAUAGAAUCCGCUGGCUUCCCCUACUGCAUCACCAGUGGCUUCUCCAUCGCCGCUUCCAGGUUGGCUCUGCCCGACACCGGCUUCAUCUCCUACGGCGAAAUGCUGGAGCAGGGCCAACUCAUCACCCAAGCCGUUUCCAUUCCCGUCAUUGGCGACGCCGACAACGGCUACGGCAAUGCCAUGAACCUCAAGCGAACCGUCAAGGGUUUCAUUGCCGCCGGUUUCGCAGGAAUCAUUCUGGAAGACCAGAUUGCGCCGAAAGCGUGCGGGCACACGCGCGGGAGGAAAGUGAUACCGAGAGAGGAGGGCGUUAUGAAGAUUAGAGCCGCCGUGGAUGCGAGAAGAGAGAGUGGGUCUGACAUUGUGAUUGUGGCGCGCACGGAUGCUCGGCAAGCUGUGUCCUUGGAGGAAGCGUUGACGAGGUGCAAGGCUUAUGGGGAUGCUGGGGCCGAUGUUCUUUUCAUAGACGCACUCGCUUCGGUUCAAGAAAUGAAAGCUCUCUGUCAACUUUCUCCCCAUCUUCCCAAACUCGCAAAUAUGCUUGAAGGAGGAGGCAAAACGCCUAUACUUAGUCCUCAAGAACUUGAAGACGUUGGUUAUAAACUUGCUAUUUAUCCAAUUUCCUUGAUUGGGGUUUGCAUACGAGCAAUGCAGGAUGCACUCACUGCUAUUAAAGGAGGCGCUGUUCCUCCUCCGGGAAGCAUGCCAUCUUUUGAAGAAAUCAAGGACAUCGUAGGUUUCGAUGCUUACUAUGAAGAAGAGAAGCGCUAUGCUACAAGCACCAAUCAACAGCUUUCCAAUAGAGAGAGCAGUAGCCUAUACAGUAUACAACGGAGAGAUCAAGUUGAUAAAGAGCAGACAAGUCAAAGUUUCAAAGAUCCAAUUGUGGAAGUAAUAACACCUGAUGAUGUGUACAAUAAAUAUGGUGCAGAUAGUUCAAGGAACCCUUUUUCUGGUAUCUGGUCUCGAACUCUCAGAGUAAAAAUAACUGGCAGAGUUGGAUUUGAGAAACUCGAUCUUAGGAUUCCUGCUGGGUUUCUGGAUGGAAUCACAAACAUAGUUCCUGCUUUGGGUGGCCUAAACAUCAAAGAACUGUUGGAUGAUGUGACUGAGGAAGUUGGGGGGAAAUUCUUGUUAGAUUUUCAAGACAGGAUGGGUGACAGAAUUCAAGUAUUUCUGGAGUGAUUCCACAUGACUUUU